AUGGCGGCGAGGAUCAAGGUCGAUUUCCCUGCGAAUCAGCUGCUUGUGAAGAAGGAAGACUUUAAAUUUGUCAUACCAAUUGUCUUUGUCGGCUAUAGAAAGAGAGCUGAUAGAUCCCGCCGUAUUUCCUCCCUGGACAGCGAAAGGGCUAAAGAAAUUGUUCGAGAAGAUUGGACGGUCUUGGCCAUGAUCCUCCAUUAUCAUGUCAACAAGCCCUUCAAUGAUGACCCUUAUGUCGAAGGCACGUUUGAUUUCCCGUUUGUAACGAUGGAGGAGUUCUGCCGAGACCCCGACAGGCCAUCAGUUUAUGCCCAUUUUCUUGGGAGGAUUGCCUUCUUCGGCAUUGAGCGGAUGAGGGAAUAUUAUGCUCCAAGAAAUUUCAACUACAGUACGUGGUGGGAAGACCUUGGACUCGAGCACAUAGUUGACGAGGACUGGGAGGAAGCGGAUGGCGCUGCAGAGGGUCUGGGGCAAGUCGCGCCAGGAGCCCCUAGCCAUGAGAGACCUCUCAACCUUACCGGCACUGACGCGCUAUCCGAAGGAGCUCCGAAGAAGGGCACUCUUCAGUUCUGGGACUUCCUUCGCCUCGCUACGUUCUUUCGGUUCCGCCGAAUCGUCUCCUUUGAUACACUCGACAAGGAUUGUUGGGCUUGGAAUGAUCGACUCAUCCGUCUCUUUGAAUGGAGCAAACGAAAUGGCCAUAUCAGGCCGUGGAAGUCGAGAGAGUGGCUCAACGACUGGGAAAUCGAAACCCGAGUUGCAAGGAUUGAGCUCGCUGCCCAGACGGGUUCGCGAUUGCCUCAAGCCAUGGAGGAAGCGUUGAGCCUUCCAGAGUCGAAGGAUUGGGGUGGAGAUCCGCAGAGCAGAAAAGAGUUUUUGGUCCAAAUUUGGGCAGCUAACAAGGCCACUAGUAACAUGCUCGAGCUCGACUCGAAAUCACGUAUCCUUCCCUUGCUUUCUAGAUCGACUAAUGGGGUUCAAGGCGUUGUCCACUCUCUGGAAGGGGGAAAACCGAGACGACCACCAUCGGGAAUGCUGGACAGGCUACGCUAUUUCUUCCGACAGGCAACCAUGUCUCUUUCGACGAACCAAAGGGAUGAACAGUGCCUCUUGGACACGAAUGCGAGGCUGUUGGACUGUCUCAACGCAUCGCUCCGUCCAUCAUCCAUUGCGGACCAAUGGUGGAUACGCUUUUAUCUCUCGUCUGUGAGUUUUGAUUUACGCCACAUUGCUUCGUUGCUGGGAACGCCAUCUAACAUAGCCUUUCCAAAUCACCAGGUCCUGAUGAUUGAAGGCGACUAUUGA